CAGUUUGUUGUGCUCCAUUUUAGGUUAACGGAUAUAUGUAAUACUGACUCCAGAACAGCGAUUUUCCGACGUGUAUCCUAUCACGUUUUGCAAACUUGCCGGCGCUUCCUCGUUACAGCAGCGGUUCUGUCAAGGUCCAGACAUGGCUAUGAGUGUUUUACAUCAUAGCCUGGGAUGCCGGUUGUUACACAGUAAUGUUAAACUCUUGAGAACAUGUACACAGCAGACCCAGACUGCCAGACUUUCACACAAUGUUUUACAGAGAGAAACAGCACUGAAACAGCCGCUGUCACCGCGGAGACUUCACAGCAGCCUGGUGACUGUGAGAGCACUUCAAAGGCUGUAUCAACACUCAAGAACAUUUUCCUCUUUACCGCCACCGCCUUCAUCAGGGAAGAGAGAUAAGAAGUUUGGACCUGUGACAUGGAAAUCGUUAGCAAUUACUUUUGCUAUUGGAGGCACUGUGCUUGGAGCAAUGAAAUAUUUCAAGAAAGAAAAGGAAGAAAUGAUUGAAAAAGAGCGCACCAAGUCGAUCGGGCGCCCGGCGCUGGGCGGUCCAUUCUCGCUCAUCGACCACAACAACAAGCCCUCCAAGAGCGAGGACUUCCUGGGGCAGUGGGUCCUCAUCUAUUUCGGGUUCACUCACUGCCCCGACAUUUGUCCGGAUGAGAUAGAGAAAAUGAUCGAAGUGGUGGAUGAAAUUGAUAAAAUUAAAUCGAUUCCAAAUGUGACCCCGAUCCUCAUCACCAUUGAUCCUGACCGGGACACACCAGAGGCCAUGGCUGCCUAUGUGAAAGAUUUUUCCCCGAAGCUGAUUGGACUGACGGGAACACUGCCUCAGAUCGAGCAAGUUUCCAGAGCCUACAGAGUUUACUACAGUCAGGGACCAAAGGACGAAGACAACGACUACAUUGUCGAUCACACCAUCAUAAUGUACCUCGUGGGACCCGAUGGGGAAUUUGUGGAGUAUUUUGGACAAAACAAAAGAAAUGUGGAGAUCUCCAGCUCGAUAGCAGCAUAUAUGAGGAAGUACAAGAAGGAAAAGUGAGCAGCAGCACCUUUAAAAAGCAACUACGGACUGACAGAUUCUGUCCUCAGGUGUUUGUUUGAUUUAACUAAUCAAUACUGCCAUCUUGUAUUGGCUCCCUGAAUUUAUUUUAUGCUUUUUUACAAAGAUAAUUUGACUGCAGUACAUUCCUUUAAUGAGUGUUGUGCAGAAGAAUGCAUUUCUUUAGGGAUGCCAUGAUAGUCAAUAUUAAUACAAGUUAAAUUGCACCAAAUUCAAUACCACAGUAAAAUACACUCCUUUAUUACAUGUGCAUAAUGUUUGUUGUAAGGAAGUUAAGCGGUCAUAAUCCCCUAUCAAAUAUGGGUUUUAUAUUGCUGAAAGACAAACAAACAUGUGUAUUUAUUGAAGUUUCUCACCCAAAUCACCUUUAUCAUAUUAUAUGAUGAUACGCUGUUAUAGUUAACCCUACCCAAUACAUACUUUUACUGAUGAAAGUUCAAACGCACCAUAGUGCUACCUGUUCACAGAAUGCUAAUAGCUAAUGCUCAUGUUAACUUCCUAUUUCAUCACUUAUUGUUCACAUUCAGCAAUUUCAGGGAAAAUAAGACUCCAUCUCAUCCCAAAUAUAAUGUGCUUCCCAUAAAUUGAGUUGACUGUGUCCCAAAAUUUUUUUCUAUUUCCCGGACAAUAUUAUUCCCCAGCGCUGAGGUAACCGGUGGUAAUGCCAAAACCCUCCUGUUCUCUAAAUGUUUUGCAUUGACUUGUUACUGAAGGAUCUGUUUUUGUGACAUCCCUACAUUUCAUAAUGCUGCAGAAGGAAAUCAUUUAAAAAGAAAGCGCUUCAAAUGCCUAUUCUGUUGGAAAAGAAAAUCAUCAGCUCCAACAAGCUUAAUAUCUCUAAUUUCUGAUGCAAAUAAUGAGGACCUGUAGAGUAAUGUUGUUUGAUUUUGUGAUAAAAUCUGAAACACA